AGCCCGGAGCCGCCGAGGUGGCACCCGACGGGGGGACCCCGGGACAGGGACCCCGAGACAGGGACCCCGCUCGGGGCACAGGGAGGGGGUCACCCUCGGGGGGGUCCAUUGGGGUGCUCAGGGGCACCCACCCCCCGGGUGCGGGGAACCUAUCGGGGUGACGCGGGGGUGCAAGGCGGGGGGGGUCCGUUCUCGGGGUGUCCCUGCGGAGCGGCCCGGGGUGCUGCGAGGGGUGACGGGAGGAGCGGGGGGUGCGUGUGUCCCGGCCCCGGGGAAGCUCCGCCGCGGCUCAGAGCUUCCUCCCGGCCCAGGACGGGGCUGCAGCCCGGGGCGCUCCCUUCGGAGCAGCGGGACGCGGGAGCACCCACGGCCCCGUCGGAGCAGCGGGCCUCCGGAGCACCGUGCUGCGAGCAGCAUGGCGCAGUGGCAGGAGGUGCAGAACUUGGCCAACGCGUACCUGGAGCAGAUCCACCAGCUCUAUGCCACAGCCGCGCUGCCCAUGGCCGUGCGGCAGUGCCUGGCGGCAUGGAUCGAGGACCAAAACUGGCGCCAGGCGGCAGAGCCGCUCUCCUCCCAUGCCCGGAUGCUCUUCCACUCCUUGCUGGCGCUGCUGGGGGAGCGCCUGGGCAGCCUGGGGCUGGGCAAUGAGGAUUUCAUGCUGAAGCACAACCUCCGCAAGGCCCACCGGGACCUCCAGGCCGCGUUCGAGGAGUGUCCAGAGGCCUUCGCCAACCUGGUGGCCAACCUGCUGCAGGAGGAGCGGCGCAUCCUGCGCCUGGGGCAGGCGGGGGGGCAGGCGGGGGCAGCUCCAGCACCCAGCCCACCCCCAAGGAGCGACCGGGAGCAGCAGAUCCAGCGGCGCUUGACUGAGUUCCACACAGCCCUGCAGGAAGCCGAACGCGCCUUCCGGCACCUUGAGGACAUGCAGGACGCCUUUGACUUCUGCUUGAAGGUGCACUACCUGCCAGGUGAGGACAGGACCAAUGACCCCCAGUACGCACAGCAGAUCCAAGCACUCCAGGCCAAGCUGCAGCUCCUGGACCGGCAGCGGCGGGAGGUGCUGGCUCAGAUACAGCAGCUCCUGGGGCGCAGCGAGACGCUGCGGGACUUCCUGCUGCAGGAGCUGGAGGCCUGGAGGGACCGGCAGCAACGCGCCUGCAUGGGGGCCCCCGAGGACACCCGCCUGCGCCCGCUGGAGACAUGGUUCACGGAGCUGGGCCAGGGGCUGUUCCAGCUGCUGCGGCUGCUGCGGGCACUGGGGGAGCUGCGGCAGAAGGUGACCUACGAGCGGGACCCGCUCAGGGCAGAGACCCCGCUCCUGGAGCAGCGGCUGAAGGAGCUGCUCUCAUACCUGCUGCAGAGAGCCUUCGUGGUGGAGCAGCAGCCCACGAUGCCCAACGCCUUCAAGCGCCCUCUGGUGCUGCGAACCGCCACCAAGUUCUCGGCCCGCGCCCGCCUCCUCCUGCGCCUCCACGACCGCAACCACCACAUGGAGGCCACGAUCCACAUCGACAGGGACCCCCCCAAGAUAAAGGGGUUCCGCAGGUUCAACAUCCUGACGUCGAGCAGCAAAACCCUCCUGGUGGGGGACAGUUCCCAGGAGGAGCUGGUCUGCGACUUCCAGUACCUUACACUGAAGGAGCAGAAGGACAGCAGGUCGGGCAAGGGCAGCAAAGGCGCCGGCGAGGGCCCCCUGGUCGUGACAGAGGAGCUGCACCUCAUCACCUUCACGCUGGCGUACGCCUACUGCGGGCUGGAGCUGGAGCUGGAGACCUCCACGCUGCCCUUCAUCAUCAUCUCCAACAACAGCCAGCUCUCCAGCGCCUGGGCCUCCAUCCUCUGGUUCAACAUGCUCAGCUCCAACCCCAAGGAGCAGCAGUUCUUCUCGGCGCCCCCCCCCGGCGCCUGGCCGCGCCUGGCCGAGGUGCUGAGCUGGCAGUUCCGGAGCGUGGCCGAGCAGGGCCUGAGCCGGGACCAUCUCCUCAUGCUGGCUGAGAAGCUCUUCGGCUCGAAGCCAUCUCCAGAGAGCACCGUGACCUGGCCCAAGUUCUCCAAGGACGGUGCCGCUGGCUUCUCCUUCUGGGCCUGGCUGGACGGGAUCCUGGGGCUGCUCCAGGAGCACCUCAAGCAGCUCUGGAAGGAUGGGCUCAUCCUGGGCUUCGUGAGCCGGAAGCAAGAGAGGAAGCUGCUGAAGGGGAAGAGGACGGGGACGUUCCUGAUCCGGUUCAGCGAGAGCAUCCUGGGGGGGGUCACCUGUACAUGGGUGGAGCACCCUGAGAGUGGGCCCCCCGCAUUCCGCGCCGUGGUUCCCUACACGGCGGCCGAGCUGGUGUCCCUGGCGCUGCCCGACAUCAUCCGUGACUACCAGCUACUGGCAGAGGAGAACAUCCCCGAGAACCCGCUCCGGUUCCUGCACCCCAACACCCCCCGUGACGAAGCCUUCGGGCCCUACUACAGCAAGAGGCAGGAGGGGAACCUGACGGAGCAGAAGAAGUACCUGAACCGGCGCCUCAUCCGCGUGUCCUCCAGGCAGGCAAAUGAGUCAUGGCAGACGGAAGAGGAGUUGGUGGCUGCUACGGAGAACCUGGAGACGCUGAAGCUGCAGCCUGGUGGCCUGGGGACACCACAGCCUGGGAGCUCCGGGAUGCAGCAGCCCAGGGACCCAGGGGUGCUGCAGGUCGUGUCUGGGAACCUGGGGUCAGUGCAGCCCACGAGCCCAGGGACAGUGCAGGUGAUGGCCAUGAGCCCCGGGGUGCUGCAGGUCACCUCUGGGAACCUGGGGCCAGUGCAGGUGAUGGCCACAAGCCCCGUGGUGCUGCAGCCACAGCCCCGAGGCCUGGAGCCUCCGCAGCCGCUGCAGGUCGCAUCAGGGGUCUUGGAGGUGCUGCAGCCAGAGAUUGGGAACAUGGAGCCGCAGCUGGUGCUGCAGCUCGUCCCCGAGGGCCAGGGGAUGCUGCAGCCGGGACCUGGAGCUGUGGCGAUGCUGCAGGUGUUGCCUGGAGGACAGCUGGUGCCCGGGGAUGCAGGGAUGCUGCAGCUGGUGCCCAGGGAUGCGGGGAUGCAGCAGCCGGUACCCGGGGAUGCAGGGAUGCUGCAGCCGGUGCCCGGUGAUGCGGGGAUGCAGCAGCCGGUACCCGGGGAUGCAGGGAUGCUGCAGCCGGUGCCCGGCGAUGCGGGGAUGCAGCAGUCGGUACCCGGGGAUGCAGGGAUGCUGCAGCCGGUGCCUGGGGACAUGGGGAUGCUGCAGCCGAUGCCCGGGGAUGCAGGGAUGCUGCAGCUGGUGCCCAGGGAUGCGGGGAUGCAGCAGCCGGUACCUGGGGAUGCAGGGAUGCUGCAGCCGGUGCCCGGUGAUGCGGGGAUGCAGCAGCCGGUACCCGGGGAUGCAGGGAUGCUGCAGCCGGUGCCCGGCGAUGCGGGGAUGCAGCAGUCGGUACCCGGGGAUGCAGGGAUGCUGCAGCCGGUGCCUGGGGACAUGGGGAUGCUGCAGCCGAUGCCCGGGGAUGCAGGGAUGCUGCAGCCGGUGCCUGGGGACAUGGGGAUGCUGCAGCCGAUGCCCGGGGCUGCAGAGCCACUGCUGGUCCCUGAGGAGCCGGGGCCACUGCCGCCGGAGCUGAGGGACCUGGAGCCGCUGCCCGGGAGCCUGGAGAUGCAGGAGCUCCUGCAGUCACUAACAGAGGGCUCGGGGACCCUGGAAACGCUGGAUGCGGUGGAGCUGAUGCUGGAGGCCGUGGACGGGCAGCUGCAGGGGCUGGAUCCCGGGCUGGCGGGCAGCGCCGCGCUCCUGGAUGCCCACGACCCGUUCCUGCCGCAGCCCGAGGACACGGCGCUGCCCGUCGCCGUCGGCUCCCUCUUCGCCACCGACAUCCCCCCGCUCCACAUCGACUCCAACGACUUCCAGUGACCCCCCCGCCUCGCCCUGUAAAUAAACCUUUUCCUACCCCCUGCGGGUUGCGCCGCA